AUGGCUGACGACUGGGACACCGUCACUCGUAUUGGUAGCAAAGUUAGAGGCCCUGGCAGCGGUGGGGUCGACCGUGAACGGGUGGUGAGAGGCAGCUCUGCGCUCAACGCAGCCAAGCGAUCUGGGGCCGUCGUUGCCACGGAAAAGAAGUAUGGCGGUUCCAACAGCAAAUCGAGCGUUGAAGGUCAACACUUGACCAAGGUCGACCGCUCCGACGAUAUCAUCAAGCCCAAAACCGUUCCACUUGCGGUAGGACGAGCCAUCACCACCUGGCGAGGCCAACAAAAGGACUCGCAGGGAAAGGGAAUGCCUCAGCGAGAACUUGCCAACAAAGCCGGGGUCAAAGAGGCGGUCUUGAAAGACAUUGAGAGCGGCAGAGCCCUAUACGACCAGAACACUAUUCGAAAAUUGGAGAAUUGCAUGAAAAUCAACUUGACGGGGAGUGAUAUUGGGAGCCCGAAAACUCCAGGCCCGAAGAAGACGUAA